CUCAUGUGGAUUUCCAUGUGAAUCAUUGUCAAGUAGUUCGGGAGCGGUUAGUGCUAAUGAUCACGACUCGUGUCACUGAUCUGUAUAAUGCCAAUCAACCCUGCGUUGAAGUUGAAACUGGACGAACUGUUCUUAAGAUGGCUCACAGAUCCUGCCACACAAAAAGUUUUACAUGAAAAUUUGAUCCAAAUCAAGGCAAAUGAGUCACUUCAAACCAUGCUUGCUGUCCCAAGUGGAGUGGUUGUGGGGCCAAUGCCUUCUUCGUUCUAUAGUUUUUUCUACGGUAGCCUUGCUUGUGAUUCCCCCGGGCCGCCUACAGAUGGCGUUCUCGGAGUCAACGGCACUAUGGGUUCUUUGGUCUCCCCAAGACCCAACACACCACCCUAUUUUCCACAACCUCCACAUACAAAGAUGUUCAGUCCAAGAUCGCCCAGACGGCAGGCCCCAUCUUCAGCUCAACCUAACGCCUCCGCCAAAGUGAGUUUCGAUCGCUUCGCUGCAUACAUAUAUAUGUGGAUUUUUUGCGGUGGGAUAUGA